CCUGGCGUUUUGCGUCAGCGCGUUGGUACAAAACUGCUUCCGGCUUCAGUGGCGUGCGAGCCGCGGUUUUGGUAGUGCACGUGGACCCGGGAUUUGGCUGCAUCAUGGGGCGCAAAUUGGACCCCACCAAGAAGGAGAAGCGCGGGCCUGGCCGAAAGGCCCGGAAACAGAAGGGCGCUGAGACCGAGCUCGCCAAAUUCCUGCCCUCCGCUGUCAAUGAAAAUGGGAAGAGGCUCUCUAGCCGUGCCAGGAAAAGGGCAGCCAAAAGACGAUCAGAGUCUGCAGGGACUCCUGAAAAGAAGAAACUAUCUCCUAGUCCAAAGCCUCUUACAAAAGGUGCUAUCCAGUCCUCACAAAAGAAAGGACCCCAGGCUCCUGGGCUCAAAAUUGGAAAUAAAGCAUUACUUGGACCUGCUAGGGGCAAAAAGCGCCCAGCUCCCCCUCAUAGUAGUGAUGAAGAGGAGGAUUCUGAGGUCAAUGAUGCAAGGAGUGAAGGGGAUGACUGGGCUUCUAUGGAGAGUGAAGAUGAUAUGGUAGAUGAUUAUGGUGUCGCCUCAGAAGAAGAAACUGAUGAAGAUGAUGAGCUCCUGCCCAUUGAGAAGGCUGCUCGGAAGCAGAGGGCCCAGGAAACUGAAACUCUGGAUCACUGGAGUUCAGAAGACACUGAUGAGGAGGAGGAGGAACUGUCUCCCCAGCCAAAAUCCAAAAACGAUGAUGAAGCAAAUGAAGAUCUUCAGAUCAAUGUGGAAAAGGAUGAAAAAUUUGUAUUGCCCACUGGCAAGGAGAUAGAACAAGAUGCCCAGGCUCCAGACUUGCAGUCUGUACACCAGCGAAUCCAGGACAUUGUUGGGGUGCUACGGGAUUUUGGUUCUCAGAGAGAAGAAGGUCGGUCUCGGACUGAAUACCUAAGCAGGCUUCGGAAAGACUUGGCUACAUACUACUCCUAUGGAGACUUCCUGAUUGGCAAAAUAAUGGACAUUUUCCCUCUUUCUGAGCUAGUGGAGUUCCUAGAGGCUAAUGAGGUUCCUCGACCCAUCACCCUCAGGACCAAUACCCUGAAAACCCGUCGACGUGAUCUGGCUCAGGCCUUGAUCAACCGUGGGGUGAAUUUGGAUCCCUUGGGUAAAUGGUCAAAGACUGGACUGGUGGUGUAUGACUCUUCUGUGCCCAUUGGGGCUACCCCUGAAUACCUGGCAGGACACUACAUUCUUCAGGGUGCUUCCAGCAUGCUGCCUGUCAUUGCCUUGGCACCACAGGAACAUGAGCGUAUUUUGGAUAUGUGUUGUGCCCCUGGUGGCAAGACUAGCUACAUAGCCCAACUAAUGAAGAAUACAGGAGUGAUCCUUGCCAAUGAUGCUAAUGCUGAGCGCCUCAAGAGUGUUGUAGGCAAUCUGCACCGGUUGGGGGUCACCAACACCAUCAUCAGCCAUGAUGAUGGGCGUCAUUUCCCUAAGGUGGUGGGAGGAUUUGACCGAGUAUUACUUGACGCCCCAUGUAGUGGCACUGGUGUCAUCUCUAAGGACCCAUCUGUGAAAACUAACAAGGAUGAGAAAGACAUCAAAAGAUGUGCCCACAUCCAGAAGGAAUUGCUCCUGAGUGCUAUUGAUUCUGUUAAUGCUGCUUCUAAGACUGGAGGCUAUAUUGUCUACUGUACUUGCUCCAUUACGGUAGAAGAAAAUGAAUGGGUAGUAGAGUAUGCCCUGAAGAAGAGGAAUGUGCGGCUGGUGCCUACAGGGCUAGACUUUGGUCAAGAGGGCUUUACUCAUUUCCGAGAGCGGCGCUUCCAUCCCACACUUCGCUCUACCCGACGUUUCUACCCUCAUACACACAACAUGGAUGGCUUCUUUAUUGCCAAGUUCAAGAAAUUUUCCAAUGCUAUACCUCAGUCUAAGAAAAAUGAUGAAGCAGCCAACCCCGAAGACUCCACGGACUCCAGACCCAAUGAUGGACCUUCUGUAGCUAAUUUGCAAGUGGUUCCUGGGCCUAAAGUCAGCCCUAAAUCUGCCAAGAAGCCCAAGCAAGCUGGAAAGGCAAAGUUUGUGAGGCUAGGAGCUGGGAAGACAAAGGCAAAGCUAGGAGCAGCUGGAAAGGAAAAGACAAAGCAGCAGCCCCCUAAGAAGGCUGGUUUCCAGAAUGGCAAACCUGUCCACAAAGGCUCUCGGACUUCUAGUUCCAGCCAGCCCCCACCUAGGAAGAAGCAGAAAUCUCAGUCCUAACACAGCCACUGUGGGAUCUCAUACUAGCCUGGUGUGACUCUUGGGUUGCUUCUGGCUGUGAGCUAACUUCCGGGCCCGGACAGAAGCAGCCUUUUCUGACUCUGAGACAAUCCAAUAAACUUGCCCCUUCCCCUUGUAUACACUUAAA